CUGUGCUUUCUUUGGCUUCAGAACUUUCUCCAUCUCCACAACGGGACAUGGAAGAGCACUACAUCUCCAAACUGCACCCCACAGGGGAUUAUGGAGCAGGGGUGUUUCUUUUGAUUAUAGGCAUCCUGACAGUUCUGGGGAAUUCAGCUGUCCUGGCAGUAGCUGUGAAGCGCUCCUCCCAUCUCAGGUCACCUGAGCUCCUGACGGUUAAUUUGGCCGUAACCGACCUUGGAAUGGCCAUCAGCAUGUAUCCCCUGGCUAUUGCUUCUGCCUGGAACCAUGCCUGGCUGGGGGGCGAUGCAACUUGCAUUUAUUAUGCCCUGAUGGGUUUCCUGUUUGGUGUCGCCAGCAUGAUGACCUUAUCUGUGAUGGCUGUAAUCCGCUUUCUUGUAACCCACUCUUCAAAGUCCAAUAGUAAUACAAUCAACAGAAAAGUCAUCCAUCUCUCUAUUGCCUUGAUCUGGCUGUAUGCAGCCCUGUGGGCCGUGCUGCCUCUGCUAGGCUGGGGGCAUUACGGCCCAGAACCAUUUGGCACUUCCUGCACCAUAGCCUGGAGCCAGUUCCACAACUCGUCUAAUGGGCUUUCCUUUAUCCUGAGCAUGUUCAUUCUGUGUACCAUUCUGCCAGCAAUUACCAUCACCACCUGUUACUUGGCUAUAGCCUGGAAGGUUCAUAAAACCUAUCAAAAGAUGCAGAACUUCAACAGGACUUCAAAUGCAGCAAAGCUGGAGAAGAAGUUGACAUUGAUGGCUGUACUGAUCAGUGUGGGAUUCCUCAGCGCAUGGACACCAUAUGCCGCAGUCAGCUUCUGGUCAAUAUUUCACUCCAGCGAAUCAAUACCGCCCAUCGUUACCUUGUUGCCAUGUCUUUUUGCUAAAUCCUCAACAGCCUACAACCCUCUCAUUUACUAUGCUUUCAGCAAAACUUUCCGGCGUGAAAUUAAGCGCCUCCGGUGCUGCUGUAGUCAGAAAGUUUACUUUAGCACCAAGCAUACCACCAAUAGCCAUGUGUCAGUGAUUUGGUCAGGAAGGGAUAACGCACACAUUUCUUCAUUCAGAAAGACGGACGGCGGAGAAGUUCCAAAUCCAUCAGCUGCAGCUGCAGAAGUCUUAUUUGAAAAGGUUGCUCCAAAGUCCAGGGCAUGAAAUCUCCCCGGGGAAAACUGCAAGGGCGGUAAUUCCUAUGAAGUUUAUAAUAAACUGCUUGCAGGAUAAUUCCGAGCUCUCUGUUCUUUAAAAAAAA